UUUUUUCCGUAUUCCGUCUCGCACAAUCUCAUGAGCUUUUUGCAGCCAUCACAUCUUCACCAUAUCGACACACAGAAAACCACUGAAGGACAAGACGGCUCUCGGAAGGAACUUAAUAGGGCCAGGAGUAUGUCGAUCAACCUACCCCACCAGAGCAUGAUGCCGUCGAUCUCGUCUAUUACGCUGGACGGGCCCAAGGACAACCCCGGGGACGACCCGGACGGUCCGGACGGAGAAACGGCCGACAUCCCGCUGACGCCGGAACGGGUGGAGAAAGUGAAGGAAGAGGAGGCGAACGACGACGCCAGUGAGUCUAUCGAGGAGGUGCUAAACGACGACUUCCAUUUGCCGAAGGACGUCGGGGAAAUCAACGUGAAAGGUCAUCUCCACUUCGACGAGGAGAUGCCGCCGGACGAAACGACGCAGAACAAUACGAUGCACAACGCCAUGAUGUACCAGCUCCACGAUGAUCGGGACGACCACAGAGACCACAUCCAUCACCACCAUCACCAUGACCAUGCAGAGCAUGAGCAUGAGCGUGAGGAGAAGGAGCACGACGACAGGUCGGGGAAAAGAAGCAUCAUGUUCGACACUUACAGCCCGAACCAGGACGUGUCGCACUACCAGAUGACGAUAGUGCACGAGGACAAGCAUUUCCACUACCGGAACACAACACGGACGUUUUUGGUCCCCUACGACGACGAGAAGCCCUCUGCGGAUGCCCUGGCAUGGACGUUCACGGAGAUGGCCGCCGACAACGACAUCGUCAUUGUGCUCAAGGUCGUCUCCUUGCAGCACGUGAUGAAGUACGGGGUACAGAGCCAUCGCAAGGACUGCCAGAACUUGUUCAAGAUGGUGUGCAAGUGCAACGAAGAGCGGCGCAAGCUGAAGGUUGUCGUCGAGAUACGGAUCGGGUCCGUGGAGUACUCCUUGGCCCGUGCAUUGAAGGACUUCGACCCGACUUUCAUGGUCAUGGGCACGCGGGGCAUCCGCAAGGCGAAGCUCACGAGUUUUCUCAACGAGGACCCGUCAAUGACGAAGCACUUUCUGGACGAUGGGUGGGUGCCCGUCAUCGUGCUCAACCCAAACUACGUGCACGGCAAGGUUGCUGCCGCCGCCACCGCUGCCGCAGCGGCGACGCCGGCCAAGAACACGUUUCGAAACUUCUUGACGAGCUACCCGUCUGUGUACGACCCGCUGGUCGCCGGCCAGACGCUGGAGAUGGAGAGGUCUGUCUCAGGGGAGAGCGGCACGUCCUCCGGCGCCGGCCGCACGUCGAGGUUCCUCAGGAUCGGCCGGUCCAUGUCCCGCAGCUCGAGCAUCAACAGACACAACAACAGUAACGACAGCCCCGGCGGCACGCUCUCGCCGACGACGUCCAACGACCUCUCUCCGGGGAGAGCGCUGUCGCCACGGAGAGCGCUGUCGCCGUUCCGUCUCUUCCACAACUCCCGCCACGGCCAAGGCUAGAUGUCUAGGCUGUCUAUUUACCACUACAUACAGGUACCGAUUAUAGAACGUUCUUUUUUUCCUCUUCUAUUUGUCCCUCGUGUCGUAGACAAUGGUCACGGGGCCGUCGUUGACCAGCGCCACGUCCAUCAUGGCGCCAAACUGCCCGUCCUGCACGCUCUCGACGCUGUGCAUGCCCUUCUUGAGCUGCGACAGGAACUCUGUGUACAGCUCCACCGCCGCGUGGCCCUUCUGCGCCUUGUGGAAGUCCGGCUUGGCACCCUUCUUCACGCUUGCAUAAAGCGUGAACUGCGACACCGACAAGAUCUCACCACGGAUAUCGACAAUGCUUUUCAUCCAUGGCUUGCCCACCCACUCCGUGUUUGUCCCAGCCGCCUGCUCCGCAUCCUCAAACAGCUUCAACUUCAACACCUUCGACGCCAGCUUCGUCACGUCCUCGACCGUGUCCUCCGUGCUGAUCCCAACGAGCA